AUGAGGGAUUUGAAUCUUCCCCCUUGGCUUUCGCGUAGCAGGAAAGAAUACGCAAAUUUCCGAUCCGGGUUUUGCGGCUUGCUGUUGGAAGCAAAGUUUCUUCUGCACGUUGCCUCCAUCGUGGAUAUCAGGGGUGCCAGAUCCAACCAGCGCGAUGAUAGUGGCCUCUCGCAUUUGCAGUGGAGACGAUACUCCGGGGCCCCGGUCAAGGGAGAUUGUACUACGUACUAUAAGUAUUAUUUUAACAAUCAACGAAACCAAGGGUUAAAGUAUAUGGGAUUGUCAGCCGGAAGGGGGUUUUGGGAAUGGUCCAUUGGCGCGGAGAAUAGGAAGAAGGACAUACAGUACACACACAUAUGUAAGGUAUCUUUGAGUUUGAGUUUUGAGCCUCUGGAGGCGACCUCCGAUAAUGUCCGAAGUUCAGCAGACAAUUACCCCGCCACAUCCUUCUCCCGCAGGGAGAAGGAGAAGGGUGUACUACUGGUAAGGGUAAUCCUUGUCAAGCAACGUCCGCGCCAGGGGACCCUCGGCUUCAUCGCCAAUCGGCAGCGGUCCGGUAAGGGAGCGGAAGAAAGUGGCCGAUUGAAAUGA